GGAAAGGGCAGCGGACGAGGUUGCUGUCUUCUUGAAGAGAGAGCGAGGAAGGGGGAGCGGAAGAAGGAUGUCGGGAGGCAUAGCUCGCGGCAGGCUAGCGGAGGAGCGGAAGUCCUGGCGCAAGAAUCAUCCCCAUGGUUUUGUGGCGAAACCUGAGACGUUGCCCGACGGUUCCGUGAAUCUCAUGAUUUGGCACUGCACCAUCCCCGGUAAGCAAGGGACUGAUUGGGAAGGUGGCUACUUCCCCCUUACUCUCCAUUUCAGUGAAGACUACCCCAGCAAGCCUCCUAAAUGCAAGUUUCCUCAAGGUUUCUUCCAUCCAAAUGUGUAUCCUUCUGGAACUGUAUGCCUGUCGAUUCUCAAUGAGGAUAGUGGAUGGAGACCAGCCAUUACUGUAAAACAAAUUCUUGUGGGAAUACAGGACUUGCUUGAUCAGCCUAAUCCUGCUGACCCUGCGCAGACUGAUGGUUAUCACCUCUUCAUCCAGGAUCCAGCGGAGUACAAAAGACGUGUUCGACAGCAGGCUAAACAGUACCCACCGCUGGUGUAGUGUCCAUUUCAUGUUCAGGUUUGACGUUUAAAAUCCUCAAGACAGUCAGGACCUUAUCUUUUAGGGUGGAUCUGUGUGUGGUUGUGGACUUAAAUUAUCAUCCAACUUGGUAUGAUAUCAAGACAUGACUUGCCCGAUCAGCUUGAUGGAAACUUUAGCUGUUGUGGUGCCCAUGGCUAUGCAAGCAACCUAUCCUUACUGAUAUCUUUUGUCCGGUUCUUGUCUAUCUUUGUUAGUAUAUUAACUGAUACGCUGUGAGAUGGUUACAGUUCCUCAAGUACACUAUUCGUCUAUGUUGAUCAAUCAUCAACAGUUUUUUUCUUCCUUGUAUA